UGUAGGCCUUAGAUUCUUUUAUACUUCAUUGAAACUUGUUAUUUAAUAGACAAGUAGGAGGAUUAACACCUUCUAAUCCAAAAACAUUUCAAAGACGAAAGAAAAGAGAAAAUCUUUAUUCUGGAUCAAACUGAAUUCUAGUAGCAUACAAAGUUUGGGUUUUUUAAUAUCCGUUUCCAUUUGGAGGAAAUAUGACUUAAACGCCGACUAAAUUUUAAUAAGCAUAACUUAUAUAGAGGCUGAAAAUAAUCAAUAAACAUAUACUAAUAUAACCUGUCUUUACCGUUUAAUUCAGAUAUUCAACGAGAACAACUAACUAUAGAAUGCGUAUAAUCAAUUAAUGGUCAAUAAAUCUCCCUAGUGUUCUAUCGAGAGAAAAUGUCUUAAUUUGAAACUGCGACUUUGCAGUUCAGCUUAAAUUUUGUCUUUGUGCUUGAAAUUUUGUUAUGUAAGCACGUUUAGAUCUUUUAAUAAGAAGCUGUAUAAAAGAUUGUGCAAAUCUCAUUUAUUCUUCGUCUUCCUUCUAACAGCAUCAGAAUCGUUAAACUGUUUAAUAUUUCUCUCCUGCAUAGAUGGCUACGAGCUUCAACUAUCAAAUUGAAUUGCAAUCCUUAAAAAGAUACUUGGAUGACAAUAACUUUGAAUAUGAAAGCUGCUGUUACAUAGGAAAUUUUCCUGAUCCAAAGCGAUUUAUAUCAGGAGAGUUUAUUAAAUUUGUAGAGGUAGUUUUUCCAGCAAAUACAAUACUAAUAGUGGAAGAUGAGCAUCUAUUCUCUUUAAUUACUGAGCUAAUAAUGUCGGAGAAACUCGAUUUUACAGUGACUUUGAUAGAAAAACGAGAUUUUGUCCAAUUUAUGAAAAAUUGUCAAAAAUUCUUUCUUAUGAAUUGUAUAAAACAAAAGCAGAAUUUGUUUACGUACGUUUUUCUAGUAGAGAAUAUCGACGAAAAUCUGGAACAAUUGAAAAUCUGGUAUUUUAAUAAGGCUUUAUUAAAAUCUAAAUAUAAUAAUCAAAGAAACAGUACAAUCUUUUAUUUUGGUAAAGAAAUUGAUGUUAUAAAUAUGCUUAACACUUUAGAGAAUGAUAUUAUAAAUUGCGCAUCAGAAUUUACUAAUAGACUGUGUGAAGAUGAAGUGAUCGCUUCCUUGGAGAGACAAAAUCUUCAGAAAAGAAGAAAUAUUAAAGAUUUUGCUGUUGAUCAUUUAAAAGAUUGUCUUUUAAAUCAUGUUAUAUCGUCGGACUUUCACAACACUACUCUGGAAAAAGAGCUUAAACUUGAUUUUACUAAUACAGUAUUCCUUAAUCAUUUUACCAAAGAGCUAUUAAAUACUAAGAGACGUUACUUUUCAAAAUGUAAGGCAAGCUUUCUAGAAUGUUUAAUGGAUCCGAAUCAAAAGUUAAGCGAUACAAUAAGACAAAAGUAUGUGGACUAUUUCAAUAGUUUCUUUAUGCAAAAGCUCAAUUUCGUAAAGCAUGCUACUGUAAAUAAGAAAAGUAUCUUCUUUUUGGACGACGAAAGUAUUAAAGAUGAACUUGAUAGUAUUUUCUCCGAAGAGAUUCUUUCCUUAUGCUCAAAUAUGGAAAACAAUCUUCGACAAUCGAAUAUAAGUUCGCUCAAGAAAUUUGUUACGGAUGUAAGUUCUCAGAACCUUGUAAAAAAUGAACUGAAUGACGAAGAUGAACCGGCAUUAUCAACAAAUGUAGCAGUUGGUAAUGAUUUCGCGGAGGACAAGACAAAAGGUCAACUCCUAUCGUUUACUUUUUUAACAGUUGUUCAAGAAAACGACUUUCUUAUCUAUCUGAAAGAGAAAUAUUUGACAAUCGUUAGAGAUCUUUUAUGCAAAGUCAAUCAACAAAUUAAAGAAGAACAAAUCCAAGAGUUUUCGCAAAGAAUGACAAAGAUCCUACAAGAUUAUCAACUUGAUAAGUUCACUAUCGACAGUUGUAUCAAACAACUGCAAGAUAUUAUGAAAAACGAGGAGAAAUUUGAAAAUAUAAACGAUUAUAAUAAGAAAGUGAAAGAAAGCUUUACGAAUGAACUUUUAAUAAUUCCUGAAAUUGAAUCGUUUAUGGAUACGAUUAAAAGAGAAGAUCCAAUAAAACACAAUCUGGAAACCGAAUUGGUUAGGACUGAAAAAGAUCUUAUAGAACAUUUAGGUCUGGAAGAAGUAGACGCUAAGGAUUUUUUAGGAAAUAUAAGCAAAUCCGUUAGAUCUCGACCAUCAUCUACUAUUUCUUUCGUCGGAAAAGCCUCCACAUACAAGCAGUUUUCGUUUAACGUUACUCUCCUAAAUCAAAUUUUGAACAUUUCCAAUGAAGAUAACGACGAUAGUAAAGUAAUCUAUAGGAAAGUAUCAGCAAUUUUUAAAGAACAAAUAAAGUAUUUAAAGAACAAACUACAAGAUCUGGAGAUAAGUAACUCUGGUCAGAUACUUUUAUCAAAAUUCUUCCUUAUUUUCCUCUUAAGAAAUGAGAUUUAUUUCUUUAAGGAAGACGAUUUAAAUAGAUUGAGUUAUUCUACUUCUUGUAUUACUAGAAUAAGAUAUGGCGAUAAUUCAAAUGAUGAAUAUUCAUCAUUACCAAAUAAUGAUAAUAAAUUUAAAAAAGUCAUACAAAAAGAUCUGGAUUUUCAUGGCGAAAACUACUUGGAACAGUUGAAUAGUAAAUUACCCGAAUGGUUUUCGAUUCUGUUCGAAGUAGACUCUGAUAAAUCCUUAUUUAGCAACCUAAAAAAUAUAGAUUACUACUUGUAUAAGAUAGAUGAUGUUAAAUUAAUCAUUCUAAAAAUUAUGGACCAUACUUUGGGACAUGAUACUGGAAUAUUCUAUCAACCAUUUGAAGAUCCCGUUUGGGAUCUUAUCAUUUUUGGCACUUUAACUUGUAACACUGACCUAAUUAAUUGUUUAAUUGGCGAAGUGAAUCCAAUUAGUGCUUGUCUGAUUAUUUCAAUUGUUUAUAAAAAUCUCGCUCACUAUUGUGGCAGUAUUAAAAGUGAUAUGAAUCUGGCAUAUGAAGAAAAGUUUACUGCUCUACACGAAGAAUACUCUAAAUUAGCAAAUACCAUAUUUUCUGAGUUAUAUGAUAGGGAACAUUUUGAAGCAUAUAUUACCAUUUCAUCAACGCCCGUCUUUUCAAGGAAAACAAUGUAUAAGGACUUUGAUGAUGAAUCUAAAACGGAGACGGAUACUGUAAUCAACUUAGCAGCUGAACAUAAUUUGUCACAUAUUCUUGUAGAAAGACGAUUGGUUCCAUUUCUGAAUAGUUCCUGGCAAGGUAGCGAAGGUAGAUACCUUAUUAGUAAGAUAAUACUUCGAGCUUUUUUCACCCUAAUUAUAAUGGCUCACAUUGGCUACUAUGUAAUAAUACAAAUUACAUUCGAACUAAAUAAGGAUCUCUUUGAAUUUAGCAGUUUCCUAUGUAUGAUACUGUACGCUCUAGGAUUUAUUGUGGAUGAAAUACAAGAUGUCUACGCCAUAAUACUCAAAUCGUUAGAUUAUCAUCUAAAGUUUAAGAAGAAUAUACGAAAACUGCAAAAAGUGAAAUAUAAUAUUUUUAACAAAGUUGCAAAAGAUGUUUGGAAAAGUUACUUUAAAAAUGGUUGGAACGUUAUUGACUAUUCAUGUAUUAUAGCUUUUCUUAUCUCUAUAUUAUUAAAACUAUUAAUUGAAACGAAUUAUUCGAUUGCUACUAGAUUAUCGUUCGGUAUUACUGCAAUUCUUCUAUCUUUAAAAUUUCUUCAAUUUUUAACAAUAUUCAAAAGUUUUGGAUAUUUAAUAGUUGCUAUGAUAUUGAUGGUUAAAGACAUUCUGCUAUUUGUAACUAUCUUCCCUAUGUUUGUCUUUAGUUUUGGUAUUGCAUAUUUCGGCUUUAUGAAAGUUGUAUAUGACGAAAGGCCGUUUAAUGAAGUCAUGGGUGAACUCUCUUUUUUAGAAUUUUGGGUAGUUGUCGGUGAAAUGAAUACAGAUAAAGUGAAUGAAGAUGUUGCAGCAGUUAAAAAGGUAGCGCCGUUUUCUUCUCUGGGAAAUGUACUUCAUGGUGUUUAUGCUAUUGUUACCAAUAUUCUACUAUUAAAUAUUUUAAUUGCUAAAUUCGCCUCAUCCUACAUUAAAGCCGAGGAAAAAGCAGUUAAUCUAUGGGCAGCCGAAAUUGUUCAGAGGAUCUACGAAUAUAAACAAAAGUUCUUUCUGCCACCUCCAUUAAACAUCUUUGGUUUACUUUUUCUGGCUAUAAGAAAUGCUAUCUUUUGCCGAGGAAGUCAAGUCGCACCAAGCAAAUAUGUGAACGGUAUUACCAAAGAUAUAUGCAGAGAAGUUGUUCAAGAAGUUGUUCUAAAGAAGAACAACGAAUUGAAUAAUAGAGAAAAAAAGUCAAUUCUGACGGAAGCCUACAUCUUUGAAUCAACUAUCAGAUGGAAAUCCGAAAAUUCUCAACUUGUUAAAAUUUUGAAAGAAAUAUCUCAGUUGUAAUUAAAUUGAUUUAAAAAUGAACUUGAAUUAAUGCACUUGAUUACCUUUUAAUAACUCACGACUAUUAUUAAUAUAGUUAUAAACUGUAAGCA